AUGUCGAAACUCUCACCAACGCUCAAGGCGCUCAUCAAUGCCACACACGCGAAGCCCGACAUGCUACGGGCACCACCCAACAUCCGCAAGACAUACGCGCGGAUCGCGGAAUCGGCACAGGCCAAGAACAUCGGCGUCCCAGCGUGGCUGACGAUCUCGACGGCCACGACCAUGACGCUCAACUCGCCGUCGUCGCUGGUCGAACUCUACAACUUCACGCAAUCCCUCCCGAAACCCCCACCGGGCCCACAAGCCAUCGAGCUGAUGCGCGAAGUCGGGCUCAAAUGCAUUUCCUUCAACGGCAUCCCACGGAGCAUCAACUGCCUGGGCGCGUUCCGCGAAGGCCUGCCCCAGGACGUGUUCAACCAGAUCCCCGCGCCGCCCUCGCGACAGCUGACGCCCGACAACGUCCAAGACCGCCUGAAGAACGGCUGGAACCUGUGGGCGUCCGUCUAUUACCCGUUCGAGCACAAGCUGUACGACAAGCUGGCCGGGUCGCACCCAAAUCUGCCCGUCCACAUCCUCAACGCCCACUACGGCACCCUGCUUGCGAACCCGCCGACGCCCGAGGGCUCCGUGAAUGUCGGCCGCGUGUUGACGUCUCUGAUCGCCAUUGCGUGUCUGCGCUCGCAGACCGGCGUGGGUCCCCAAGUCGUCAGCCACUGUUUCGGCCUGCGGAAGGCGUUUGACGACGGCUCCGCUGAGAAGGACGUCGAGGGCGCAGAGUGGCUUGCCACUGACGAGGGGAACCAGUGGAUCUUGAAUGCUGUCGACGAGAUCGUACAGGCUCUGAGCGAGGGUGCCGGAACAACUUUCGCUCCGGGCUAUGCCGCUGAUAGGCCUAAGGCGAAGUUGUAG